GGGGCCUUGGUUGGAUCAGGGCAGCAGUUCCGGACAAGAAGGGAUGAUGGGCGUGGCAACACCCGCCGCUCUGCUCCUCUCCAACCACUCCUCGCCGUCGACGCACCGCUGCCUCCUCCUCCGCCCGCCCGAGCUCCUGCGGCCGCACACUUGCGUCACCCACCAUUACGACAAGCGCGUCUCCUUCUCCUCUUCCCCCCCUCGCCUAAGCCGUCAUGCCCUGCGGCCGCCGGGAGCCGCCGCCACGCCGGCCAUCGCGGCCGGCGACCACUGGGGCAACUGGGCCUUCCUCCUCUCCGCCGCCGCAUUCGGCACGUGGUCGGAGGAGAAGACGUCGUGGGGCGCGGCGCUCAGCGGGGCGCUGGUCAGCAUCUUGGCCGGCCUCGCCGCCACGGCCGCGGGGCUGAUAUCCCCCGGCGCGCCGGCGCACGGCGCCGUCAUGGAGUACCUGCUGCCGGCCGCCGUUCCCCUGCUGCUCCUCGGCGCCGACCUCCGCCGCGUCGUCCGCACCACCGGCGACCUCCUCAAGGCAUUCCUCAUCGGAUCUGUUGCAACUAUUAUCGGCACGACGGUGGCUUAUCUUUUGGUUCCGAUGCGAUCGCUCGGUCAUGAUAGCUGGAAGAUCGCAGCCGCGCUCAUGGGCAGCUACAUAGGUGGAGCGGUGAACUUCGUCGCCGUCUCGGAAGCUCUCGGCAUCACGCCAUCCGUUGUCGCCGCCGGCGUCGCUGCAGACAACCUCAUCUCGGCGCUCUACUUCAUGAUCCUCUUCUCAUUGGCAUCGAAGAUACCAGCAGAGCCCAAGAAUGCCGCCACAGACGGCCGGAAGGACGGCGGCGAGCCCGAGGGCGACGGCCGGUUCUCGGUGCUGAACGGCGGCGCGGCGAUCGCGCUGUCGUUCGUCAUCUGCAAGGCCGGCUCGGCCAUCGCCGACCGGCUGGGCUUCCAGGGCGGCACCCUGCCCUGCGUCACAGCGCUGGUGGUGUUCCUGGCGACGGCGUUCCCUGGACAGCUCGGCAAGCUGGCGCCGGCCGGCGAGACCAUGGCCCUCAUCCUCAUGCAGCUCUUCUUCACCGUCGUCGGCGCCAACGGCAACGUCGUGGACGCGGUCACCAAGGCGCCCAGCGUGUUCGCGUUCGCGCUGGUGCAGGUCUCCGUCCACCUCGCCGUGCUGCUCGGUGUCGGCAAGCUCGUGGGGCUCGACAGGAAGCCCCUGCUCAUCGCCUCCAACGCCAACAUCGGCGGCCCCACCACUGCGGCCGCCAUGGCCACGGCCAAAGGCUGGAGCUCGCUCAUCGUGCCGGGCAUCCUCGUCGGCAUCUUCGGGAUCUCCAUUGCCACCUUCCUUGGCAUCGGAUUUGGCAUGUUGGUGCUAAGAAGAAUGUGUGCCUAGCCAUGGCUGGCAUUGCUUCUGCUAAUUACUAGUAAUUACCGUCUCAGUCGCAUUUGUUAGGCUUAACCGCUGCAUAAUCGCAUGGAGAGGAUUUUUCUUUUUGAAAAAGCGUGAGAUUUACAUAGAGAGUUAUAAUCAGAUUUUCGUCCACUGCAGUUGUAAUCAAUCAAAUGCAUACGGCCACUGCAGUUGUCUCUCA